AUGGCUGGCAACAGUAGUUUAUAUUUAAGUAUAUUUUGUACCAUCAAGUUUUCCAGCGGCAUGAUAAACUUCGUGAAAAAAUACUGCAACUAUUUCACUCGUAACCAUAACUAUUGGGCCAAACGUGGUGUGAAUGGGCCGAAGCCGGUGCCCGGCUUUGGCAAUACAUUGAGUCCAUUCCUCACCGAACCGGUAGUGUUAGAGAAACAAUGGGUUGAGAAAUACGGCAAAGUCUAUGGCAUAUACGAGGCCAACAAACCCAUACUGACAGUGGCGGACGCGGCGCUCAUCAAAGCCAUAGUGGCCACCGAUUCGCACGUAUUUCGGGAUAACGUGACGGACCCCAUACUGCAGGCGCCGGCACAUCCCAUACUGUCCCAGAGUCUGGUGGCGAGCAACGGGCCGGCCUGGCGUCGGGUGCGCUCACUAUUCAGUCCGGCCUUCAGCACCAGUCGUAUGCGGCAAAUGUUUGGCCAAAUGGCCGACUGUUUGACACAAUUGACACAAACGCUGGACCCGUACGCCAGCGCCGGCCGGGAGAUAGACAUAAAGUUACUCUAUGGUAGUCUUACUAUGGAUGUGAUAGCGACGAGUGCUUUUGGCACCAAAGCCGACACAUGGAGGCAACCCCUGGACAACCCGUUUGUGGCCAACGCUAACCGUGUGUUUAGCCCAAACCCGAUGCGACUCCUGUUGUCUAUACUGUUGCCAACGUUUGUAUUGAGACGGGUUAUGCCGGCGGUGGUGGACGAGUCCGCCCACAAGUUUUUCUUUGAUAUGACGCGACAGAUCAUGCGGGACAGGAGGGCUCGGGAGGCGGCCGGUGAUGGUGUCAAGUAUAAUGAUUUUCUUGAGCUGAUGAUGAGCGUGCAGAAAGGCUAUGGUGACCAAUCCACCAUGGAGGUUAAUGGCAAUGCUAAUACCAGU